UUUUUGAAUCCACAGAGUGAUAGUAACUGCGCAUCUAUAUAAGCGAAGGUGUGGAUCACUGUUUCAAGACAAGAAACAAGAAUCCGGGUAGCUCUUCUAAGAGAUCAUGGAACAGAAAAGGGUUACUUGUUUGCUUCUUGUCUUGGUUUUUUCCCUUCAAUUGAGUGUUGAAUGUGUUCUUGGAGAUGAUGCCGUGGUGAAGGACGGGUUUAGGGACGAUGAUUGCCGGUGGAGCCGCCGCUGCGGAGGCCGGUUUGGACCUCGUGGUCCUCGGUUCGGCCGCUGCGGUUUUGGCGGCGGCGCUGGAGGUGGAGGUGGCUUCGGCGGCGGCGGCGGAGGUGGUGUUGGCGGUGGUGCUGGCCAUGGUGGUGGUUUUGGAGCCGGAGGUGGUGUAGGUGGCGGUGCUGGUGCCGGUGGAGGAGUUGGCGGCGGUGGCGGAUUUGGUGGUGGCGGGGGUGGUGGUGUUGGUGGUGGCUCCGGUCACGGAGGAGGUUUUGGAGCUGGAGGUGGUGUAGGUGGUGGCGCGGGUACUGGUGGAGGAGUUGGCGGCGGAGGUGGGUUCGGAGGCGGAGGAGGAGGUGGUGUCGGUGGUGGGUCCGGACACGGUGGAGGAUUUGGAGCUGGAGGUGGUGUAGGUGGUGGCGCCGGUACUGGUGGAGGAGUUGGCGGCGGAGGUGGGUUCGGAGGCGGAGGAGGAGGUGGUGUCGGUGGUGGGUCCGGACACGGUGGAGGAUUUGGAGCUGGUGGUGGAGUCGGCGGUGGUGCCGGUACCGGUGGAGGAGUUGGGGGCGGAGGUGGGUUCGGCGGUGGUGGAGGAGGUGGUGUCGGUGGUGGAUCUGGACACGGUGGAGGAUUUGGAGCUGGUGGUGGCGUCGGCGGUGGUGCUGGUACCGGUGGAGGAGUUGGCGGUGGAGGUGGGUUCGGCGGCGGCGGAGGUGGUGGUGUUGGCGGCGGCUCCGGUCACGGAGGAGGGUUUGGAGCCGGAGGUGGUGCUGGAGGCGGAGUAGGCGGUGGACGAGGGAUUGGACACGGCGGAGGAGUCGGCAUUGGGAUCGGAAUAGGCAUUGGGGUAGGAGCUGGCUCCGGCUCCGGUCAAGGUUCCGGCAGCGGCAGCGGCGGCGGAGGAGGCCGCCAUUGAAGCUCUUACUACAAGUUUUCAUAAACUAUGAUGUCGUCCACUGUAAUUUGUGCGAUAAAAAAUUGUAACUUUACUAUCUAAAUAUCCAUCAUCUUCUAUAAUUGUAUUAUGAAAUUUUGAAUUCAAUCCAAUAAAUUAUACAUAUUAUUAUCUA